AAUAAGGUGAAUUGCCGCGAUGCUUAUCCCAGUUGUGUAAUAUUUUAGGUGAAAAUUGGUGGAGAAACAAAAGUGGCGACUGUUGAAUAGCAAUUUACGAACAAGGCAUGCAUACUGACUUGUCGCCGAACUUACAUUCUUUCGAAUGCAACCAGAUAAUCGACGCCCUCAAGAAGUGUCAUUCCGAGAACAAGUUCGGUAAGUUUCUGGGAUUUUGCAAUGAUCUCGACCGACAGAUGAUUGUUUGCCUAAGAAACGAGCGCAAAACGCGUCAGAAGUUGAAUCGCGAAAAGGCACUGGAGAAACAAAAGCGAGUGCAGCAGUUAAUGAGAGAGCAGAAAGAAUAA